AUGGAGGUGGACCUCAGCCCGUUCUUCGAAGGUGCGAUGUGCGCACUGGUGGACUCGAACGGUGCUGAGCUUGCCAUCAGUCGUGCCUUUGCAAGUGCCGCCAACGCAUGCCAUGAGGCGCACCAGCCGCAGCGCUCGCGCGCGUCGGUUGUAGUGCAGCUGCGCAUCACCUCACCGCUGCCGUUGUGGACACGGCAGGCGAAGGACGUGGUACUGCGCUGCGUCGAUCGCGCCGUGACGCGCAUCUUUCCCCCGCUGGACGUUCUGCAGUACAUCGGCGCCGACUCCCCCGUCUUUCUCGCCGCAGAUGCCGGUGCCAGCGGCGAGAAGGCGGUGCCGCAUCUGCGCGUGUCUUUUGCGGUUCAGCCAUCUGCCGCCCUGUGGCCCUCCCGGGUGCUCAAACAGCAUGCGGUGGAAGGGGAGGUUAUGGCAGGUGUGCAGCUUGGCGAUUCAGAGACUGGUGCCACGGCGGCUUUGCAGUGGAUGCGGGAUACGCUAUCGGACAUGGACUUGUGGAACCGAGCUCGAGCAGCGCAUCAGCUCUAUGACGCCAGCAUCGCUCUCGAUGGUGUCCAGCAGCGCUCUGGCGGCAUGUCGGCCUCGGAGACGACAUCGAUAGACACGGCGGUAGCGCUUCCGUCCCGGCAGCAGGCGUAUGAGGCAAACCACACUCAGCUGCAGUGGCAGCUUGCUCGAUGGCUGACAGAACUCUUCAUGAACGAGGGCAGCUGGGCUCGGCUGCCAGCGUCGCCAUCGACUGGUAUCCCCGGGUCCGCUCAGAAAAGGCCCGUUAACGCGGCGACGCGGCACCUCUUUCAGAGUCCUUUUCGGCCAUCGUUUUCGAACGUUGUGGACGCAGCUCUCUCGGCACCGCCUACAACCGCACAAAACACUGCGUCCGGAUCCGCCGUGCCGCGUCGCCUCCUCCACACAGAUGUGCGCGGCGUGGAGUGCGAUGGCUUGUUGGUCGGGCACACCUCUCGGUAUGCCUACAUUGCGGUGCCCUACUUCACGGCCCAGGGCGAGGCUGCAGCGACAGGGGCGUCUUCGCCAUCGUGCGUAUGGAGCUUCAUAAGCCGUAUCCCAAUACCUGCAAUCCUUAGCGAAUCGACUGGUAGAGAUCCGGAGGGCCGUCAUGGUGAGAAGGGCCGUUCGCCUCGCAAGCGGCCGCGCACCUCUGCGUCUCAUCACCCGGACAGCGUGGCAUCAGAGGAAGAGGAGAGCUCCUGUGCCGCCGCGGCACGCAGUGUGUUGGCCCACUGCUUGAAUGUGGAGGAGGCGAUGCGUCACGACACCAACGCAGAGGCGGUAUUUCGCCUUGCAGAUGCUCCGUUUGUAGUGACAGUUCGGGCCCACCGUGUCUACUGCGCCCGGGCUGACCCAGCGAGGCAUCCGCGCACGCACCCCACAACGCCGUCUUCGGACCACUUCUCCACCAAACCCCAUCCGGCUGCGUCACCAUACGCACUGUCGCUGAUGCUGGAGGAUGCCUACGCGAUGCAGGUUCGGCCAGCGCUCAGCGACGCUCGUGCUGCGCCAACCUCGUCUGCGCCCACCACCGCUCACUGGGCCACUUCUUUGCUGUCCGGGUACGACCCUCAGCAGCGUCCAGAGGACGACGGCGAGGCGGGGCACAGCGCCGCUCAGCAAACCGUCAACGCCACCGUUGCACGCGCGCCGCACACGUUCCCCGAUGUGGUCAGCGUGGUGCGAGAGAGCUGCCGCCGGUUUCAGCGAACGCACGAGCGGUUUUGUGCUUUGUACGCUCGUUGCGUCCAGGCCUGCGACCCGAACGCCUCCCCCGCCGCCAGCGCCACCGCAAAAGAGGCGGGGGUCGUAACGGGCGGAGCCUCCUCAGCGACGGCACAGCAGGUGCCUGCGACGGCGGCUGCGCUGGUACCCGAGGCGGCGGUCACAACGCAGACGCUCUCGCCCGCUGUUGCCUCACAGAACCUGCGCUUACUGCGCCGGGCAGAAGCGGUGUACGGCGCGUUGUCGGAUUCGGUCUCUGUGCGCUUUGGCAAGCUGCGUGGGGCUGCGCGUAUGCCCGUUCCCGCCGUACGCACCGCUGCCGAUGUGGCUCAGCUGGAGGAGUGCCAUAACGUUGAGUUCAAGGCGAGGGUGGGGCGCGUGACGAACGGCUCCUCAGCUGGUGCAGACUCCCACCCGCAGCGCCAUCCCGUGCUGAUGGAUGCGGAGCGACUUCGCAACACAAUGGCUGCCAUGGCAGCAUGCCGUGGUGGUGUCAUACUUCUCGGCGUUGCGGACGACGGUCGCAUUCUCGGUCAUGCAAGGCAGCUGGGUGUCGCGCGCCAGUUGCGCACGUCGGGAUUCUGCCCGGCGAUGGUGAAAGACACGGUGCAGGUGAAGGAGCUGCGCUGGCUGAGUGCGAGCGGAGGUCUUGCCGACGCCGGUAAGGCCGUUUUGGGUGAGAGCAGUGGCAAUGGCGCAUCGGCCCCAGUGAAGCGUGCCAUGCCCGAGAACUGGUGGAAGAAUGGUGCCACGCCGCCCGCUCCAGACUUGCCGAAGACAUCAGCGACGGCGGAGGCAGGAGCCUCAGCCGGUGAUCAAGUGAUCACCGUCGUCAGCGUCCAGAAGGGCCAGGCGCCGUUCUACGCAACCUCUAAAAACGCGCCUCCGUAUCAGCGUGGUUGCGCGAGCACAACAGUGAUGCCGACCAUGGUGGUGGCACGCCGCAUCAUGAAGGAGCUCGCCUAA